UGGCUGUGAUUGGUAUUGAUUUUGUAGACGAUGGAGGAUGGAGAGGUGAGCCACUUGUACACAUAUUAAUAUAUAAGACACCUGCAUGGCAUCAUGGGAUGGAAUUUAAAUGAGUCUAAAGGCAAGUUUUUAAAAAGUAAGAGUGAAAAUUGGGAGAUGGAUGAAGGUUUGGAGUUUGGAGUCGAGAACCUACACACAUUUUAUUUAGUUUUAAUGUGGGGUCAUAUGUAGGGUCAUGUCAUCUGUUUUUAGAAAGUUACAUUCUGCUGUUAAAAACCUAAAGGUUCACUACCUCUCCACCCAUUUUCCACCAGGUUUCAGAUUUAUUCCUUGUAGCCCAGAGAAAGCUCUGAAACAACAUUUAGACUUUCAUGUUGGCGGAAUAAACCAAUACCACUUUAUUUUGCUGAUCUUCAAUCUACUUAAUAAUUCCCUUGAACGUUUCCUGGAAAGAACUAUGCAGCACAAUCUGGUCAUUUUAGCUCAGUGCUGUUGUUUUUCCUUGAAAGAAUCAAUAAAACUUUCGGAAAAAAUUGAACAGCUACCUACAAAAAAUCUAAAUAAGAACAAAAUUUAGAGACUUUCUUUUUCCUGUAUGCUGUUGACCUCAGUAAAUCUUGGAUGCGGCCCUGGUUUAAAGAGAUGGUUUCAAAUGACUAAAACAAACAGAAACCUCCUCUAACAUCCUCUGAAAUAGACCUCAUUAUUGAGCAAAUGAGCCAUAUGGGUCAUUAUAGGGCUAUGUGGAGCUGCAGUGGAAAAUAACUUCCAUUUAAUUAGUAGUUUUCUGCGUAUGUUAUACAGCAGCUGGCUUGGAUCCCCUGGUUCCCUGCCUGCUCGUCUCGGUAGCUUUGGAGAGACUAAACCGCUGGAGAGGAGUCCCUCAGAAAUGUUGUACAGUCACUUUUUGUGAAGGGAUUACAGUGCGGUCUCUCAUUCCCAUUGGCCUGGCUCGCCGUGACAGUGGUGUAGUGAUGAGUGGCUGACAUGCCCAGCAUCAUCCAUAACAAGCUUCCAACUUGGUCCCGUGUGACUCCCAUUCAUGCGCCCAGGCUUUGCGCUUUGUGUAGUUUUCAGUUCAACUUGGUGCAAGUUCUUCAGUCAAUCUGGAAUUAUAGUUUCUACUUUUUUUUUUUUUUUUUUUGACAAAGGCACAGAAAAUAUUUCUUAACUCAAACCAUCUUUGAUACUUCUUCGUCACUUUUCCUUUUACGCACGAGAGGAGCAUGAGCUUUUUGGAGAGGUGACUUCCUUUAAAGUAGGAUCGGCGCGUGCUUUAAUUAAUGUGCCAGUUCCUGAAAUGGCAAAACCUUUAGAUCACAUCAAGAGACCCAUGAACGCAUUCAUGGUGUGGUCCAGAGGCCAGAGGAGAAAGAUGGCCCAGGAGAACCCGAAGAUGCACAACUCUGAAAUCAGCAAGAGACUCGGCGCGGAGUGGAAGCUGCUCUCCGACUCUGAGAAGCGUCCGUACAUCGACGAGGCCAAGAGGCUGCGGGCUCAGCACAUGAAGGAGCAUCCGGACUACAAGUACAGACCCCGGCGCAAACCGAAGAGUCUCCUCAAGAGGGACCGUUUUGUUUUCCCGCUGCCGUCUUUGCUCGGGGAGGCGGCGGAGCACUUGAAGGGAUUUUCCAUGGACUCCUUUCUCGUCCCCGGGGAUAAAGCCAGGGCUCUCCUCGCUCCCGCCUCCUCCUCGUCGUCCUUCUCCCUGCUGGAGCCGGUGGCGCAGUUCAGCACCGGAGCUGUCCAGCGGAUGGCGGAGAUACCGCACACUCUGGCCGCAGGCUCUCUGCCCUACAGCGCGCACACCUUUGGGUACCAGACCGGUGGGAUUGGGGGUCUGGCUUGCCCCGGACAGCACACCCACACCCACACCCACACCCACCCGUCACCCUCCAGCCCGGGAUACGUGCUGCCGUGUAACUGUAGCGCGUGGUCUGCGGCCAGUUUACAGCCUCAGGUGGCGUAUAUCCUCUUCCCUGGAGGGAUGACCAAGAGCGGCAUGGACUCUUACACUUCACCCAGCUCCAGCGUGUGACGGACUGGAGAGGAAGACGCACGAUCGGAGCGCGAAAAGUUUGCGCACAUGCAGGACCUCCCCAUGUAAACUGACUACAGAAAAAGAACUGGGCUGCAACACACAUUUUCAUCCCACAAAUAUCACAGCAAAACUGUUCACUCAUAUUUAAUAACCCGUGGGAAAAAUUAAAGUGUUUCCGCAGAGAUGAAAAACACUUCAAACUGCCACCAACAGCUGUUUGAUGAUGCGCCCCACUGCUGAGCACCAAACACACGCCACAACACACACUCUCUUACUCCUUAUCCCGUGUAAAUACAGAGUGGAGACUGUGGUGUGAAGAUGCUAUUUUGUUACUCUUUUGACAAGAAAAUAAAUUCAAACCAGUUUUUUCUUUAAAAAAAAAAGAAAAAGGGAGAGUCCCCCUGAUCAAAUCCAACAGCUGAGGUCUGUGUGGGAUGAACAUAAAGCUGUUGUGGACAUAAGGAAGCUUGCAAGUGUCGAGGUGUUGUUUGGCAUGUUUAUUUAUCCAGGUUAAAAAAAAAAAAGACAUUAAGUUUAAUUUUGUAUUUUUGAUUCAUACAUUCUUAUAUUUAGGCAGUCACACCUGUUUGUCCCCGAGAAUAUCACCUCUCAGUAUACAGGCCCUUUUUUUGUGGAAUUAAUAAAUGUUUCAAAAAAGCAUUGCAUUAUAAAUGGUCUUUUUUUUCUUUGAGACACGUUGUUUUCAAAUUAAUUUCAGAAAAAAAAAACAUUUAACCACCCAAGUCGGUUGCUUUUCAAUGAAUGAUUGGUUAUUUUUAACAAACUGUCUUUUAAUCUCCUGAUAAAGUACAUGACAAAGACUCAGACAAAAACAGAAACUGAUAUUAAUAUCAUGCAAAAAAAGCAGAAGUCCACAGAAACUGGACGGACAUAAGAUGACAUUUUCUCUUCCCAUCGUGUUUGACUGUGACUGCUGUAUGAGUAUUGUAGUGUGUGUGUGUGUGUGUGUGUUUGUGUGUGUGUGUGUGUUUGUGAGCGAGAGCGAGGCAGGCUGAUGAUAAGAGAAGAAUAGAAACUUCUCUCCUUCCCAGUUGUUGACAAAGUGAUAAGGUGGAAAGUUGAAUCAUAUGAGGUAGCUUUUGUUUCACAGUUAGUGAGAGGGAAAGAGUCCUCACACUGAAACCUCUGUUCUUCUGUCUCAAUGUCCUGUAUCUAACCUCCAACAAGACCUGACUGCUGAUCAUCAGUCCUAUAUUUGGGUGAAGGCUUUUUUAGAAAACACAGAGCAGAAUGCAACAAGUGAGCUUAGCUGGACAUGAAUUGGGGAUGUGGUAAUUACAAAGUCAGCAUCUUAAAACCUCAGACACCAGGACCAAGUCAGAAGGUUUUCACUUGACACCUUCGCCUCAGGAACAGAGACUUAAAGAUUUAAAGUCCUGAAGCUGUUGAGGUUUCAUCUUGCUGAAGAGUCUUUGAGCAAAACACCAAAUCUUUAUCAGUCCACAGGUCCAGGGAUGCAGCUCUACAGCUGAGCUUGACCUCUGACCUUUCUGUGGAUGUGGGAAAAGGCUGAAUGUUACUGGUCUGGCUUGUCAUACCUCAAUAUUAAAGCGGCACUUUGAGGCCUGAUAUGAACUUUUACAUGUUGUGCAUGACUGAGAAUCCCUUAUCGUCACAUGUGUUAUUUUUUCCCACUAAGUCAGACAUGAUAAAGUCACACACUCAUUUCUGCCUCAUCUCUGUGUAUUUGCGUGCUUGUCUCUCUGCAGUGACGCAUCAUUUUCUCAUCGACACUGCAAAUGACACUAUAAUUUACUCACGGACCAACACUGAAAGCGCGAUGGAGUCGGUGAUUCAGUUUCCUGUAUUUACAUUUAAA